CAUCUGCCACUCCUCUCUGUACAGGGUCGGCCUGGGGUUCUGGCAGCUGGCACGAGCCCUCCCGGCUCCGACCUCCACCCCCGGCGUGGAAGAUGCCUGAGCAGAGUAAUGACUACCGGGUGGUGGUGUUCGGUGCGGGUGGCGUGGGCAAGAGCUCGCUGGUGCUGCGCUUCGUGAAGGGCACGUUUCGAGACACCUACAUCCCCACCAUUGAGGACACCUACCGACAGGUGAUCAGCUGUGACAAGAGCGUGUGCACGCUGCAGAUCACCGACACCACAGGCAGCCACCAGUUCCCGGCCAUGCAGCGGCUCUCCAUCUCCAAGGGCCAUGCCUUCAUCCUGGUCUUCUCCGUCACCAGCAAGCAGUCGCUAGAGGAGCUGGGGCCCAUCUACCAGCUCAUCGUGCAGAUCAAGGGCAGCGUGGAGGACAUCCCAGUCAUGCUGGUGGGCAACAAGUGUGAUGAGACGCAGCGAGAGGUGGACACCCGUGAGGCCCAGGCGGUGGCCCAGGAGUGGAAGUGCGCCUUCAUGGAGACGUCGGCCAAGAUGAACUACAAUGUCAAGGAGCUCUUCCAGGAGCUGCUCACACUGGAGACACGCCGGAACAUGAGCCUCAACAUCGAUGGAAAGCGCUCCAGCAAACAGAAGAGGACAGACCGCAUCAAGGGCAAAUGCAUCCUCAUGUGAGCCUGGGAUGCCCCCCUGCAGA